AAUUCAUACAUGCUUGUUGGUUACAAAGACAUUUGAAAUUACUGCAUUGUUCAUUCAUUAACCACUCAGUAGAAGUAAUUAUAUAUAUCUUCCACGAUGGCGGACAUGUUGUUUGCUUUCUCUUAUUUACCAUUUUUUGAUCAUUUGUGUUCAAGGACCUCCUUAAAUCUGCAACUAAAAGACAUUGGCAGACUCUGGCACUCUUUAUUGUUAAUGCUCUGUAAAGCUUAUGCUGCAGUCAUCUUCAGCUCCUGUUCAGCUCAAAUUCAUAUCAGUCUUGUUUUUCACAUGCAAUGCGGAUGGAUACAGGUUUAUAGUUUGAAUUUGUCAAUCAAUAAUAAAUUGUUGGCUCUAAAAAUGUAAUAAAAACUUUACCCUGUUGUAAGGUAAAGUGUCUACCAGUGUCUUUCUAUAGUGGUUUGGUAGGUAUCCAGAAAAAAGCAACAAGGCAAAACAGUACAUUUAUCAUGUAGUCUUUUUUGUUUAAAUGAACCCAUAUCCGCAAUACCAGCUAAAAUGCAAUAGUGUGCUUUACAAUCUGUUCUUUAAUUUAUACGUUUGUAUGUUUUGUUGCCAGGUUUCAGCAGAAGCAUAGUAGCCGUUUAUAGUACAUGCAUGCUUGUUGUCCUCCUUCGAGUUCAGCUUAAUAUUAUUGGUGGAUAUAUCUACUUGGAUAAUUCAUCUACAGGAAAAAACGGCACGGUAAGUUUCAUCAGAAUAUUUGUCAAUGUAACAUAAGUAUAUUGAUUGCUGUAGUUAAAAAGGCACCCCAGUCACACUCUGGGCACCAACAUAGAUUAAAGUGCCUUUAAUAUAUUUUGAUCAGCUGUUUUUUUUUUCCUCCUAUUCAAAUCUCACUAGCCAUGCUAAAAAGAAAUAACACAUUUACAGCAUAACCCUCUUUUCACAAAGCAACUUCCUUUCUAGAUACAUGUUUUAGUACUUACUCAGGAGCAGAACUCUUAACAUCACUUUACCAAAUAGUCAAUCAUUGUUCUUUCAUUAUUAUUUGUACACUUCCCCUGAGCACUAAAAUAUUUCAAGGACAACUGUCAUCAAAUUUUCACUUUACAUUUUUAAAGAAGUUUAGUACAUUUAAUUAAAUUGAAUGUGGCUCUGUUACUUUCUUUUUCCCUCCACUGCUAUGUACAAAGUCCCUCCCUUGAUGAUCCCGGUUUUUUUUUUUUUUGGUUUUUUUUUAAAUGGCAUUUAUUUGCAAUGUUAUACAUAAGGAAACGUAGGGAGUGUGAUAACCAGCAUGUUGACGGAUAACCAACAGGUUGACAAAGGGUGGAGCUUUAAUCUAGCGCCGGUCCUUUAUCAACUUUGUUAUUGGACAUCAGCUUAAAACUCAUCUCUCACAUGCAUACCCAAGGAAGGGCAAAUAACUGAAUUUCUGGGAGCUGCCAUCUUAGACACUUUCAGAUGGCAGGGCUGAAAAAAUAAAAAGUUGUACCGGUCUCAGCGUCCAAAAAGGUUUGGGGAUUGUUGGGGGACGAGAAGAGAGAUUCCUCAGAUGACAGCGGAGCAAUUCACUAAAUGAUAGAGCCGCUUUAAAGUGGAUUAUCACUUUGCAGGUUUUGCUUUCAAAUUAAUUUUUUGUUCCUGUUUUUAUAUAAUUGAAAUUCACCUUCGUUUUCUAGUUCUACAUAAGACAAUUGAAGGAUUACUUUUUCUCACGGGGAUUGUGAUAUUUGGCAGUUUUGGGCAGUAGGCAGUGCUUAAGCACAGUUCCAUUACAGUUGCUAAGCUAAUUUACCCACAAUCCAUCAAAGAGGGGAAGUAUAAUCAUUUAGGUACAGGGAGCAUAAGGAAAGGUAAACUGAAAAAAAACAUUUAUGCAAUAUAAGAAAAUGUACAAACAUGGAACCAAAGUGACAGUCACUCAAAAUCCACAAAAAACAAACAAGGGAUACAACCCAAUCCAAAAAUGCAUAAGGUUGGCUAAUCUGUCAGCUAUAUAGGUGGCCUGUGUAGACAAUAAAGAAAAUGUGAGGAAAGAUGAGGAUACAAGGCAGUAGCCAGAUGAGUGGACGGCGGAUCCCCUCCUUAGAGCUACACCACAAAGAGAUUCAGAUUAAGUCCCUGAGAAACAAGUCUUGAUCCGUCGGCUCCAAAUAUUCAAAAAAAAUUUGGUGGUUUCAAUAAUAGCAGCUUUCAGUUUUUUCAUUCUGAUCAUACUAAAUAUUAGACAUCAACUUGGGUCUACGAAGGCUGAGCUUCUUUCCAGUCUCAAAGCUGUACAUACCCUAAAUAUAAGUUUUUGCACUAGAGAGAGUGAGAUCCCUAUACUGUCUCUUUAGGAGCACUACCCAUGGAGGAAAGGUUACCCCAUGACAAUGAGAUAAUUUGUUAAACAGAGAAGCUCAACUUGGAUCAGAACCACCAGGCAUGCAGGUAUCUACCCACUUACCACAAACCUGAAAGCCAUCAGAAAUUGUGCCAGGUCAAACUUUAAGUAAUAAAAAAAAUGAAACCAUCUAAGCAAAAUAAGGAUAUAUGUAUGUAGUGCUAAUGAUGUAGAUGGCAGAAGGCAACUGAAACAACCCAAACCCAAAUCUCUCUUGUCCUGGUCAAGAAACGGAUGUAUAGAGAUCGAAGGAGCCAUUCCUUGAGUGGUCCUUAUGAUUAGGCCAAAUAUGGAAUGAAAAAUAAGCAAGUAUAUUGGUGGUUUGUAAAACGAAGAAAUGCAUUUCUAUUAAGCUGUACUUAAUAAUUAAAAAUGGAAAUCCUCCAUCGGACCAAGAAACUCACACCAUAUCCAUAGUCAAUGAUCAUACCAACUAGGUGCUUUUAAGUAGAGCUUACUGGAAGCUCUACACACUUUAAGCACACUUCUUAUUUUAUAUACCAGCAAUUUAUUACAUUACUUUUGUGCUUAUUUUUCAUUCCAUAUUUGGCCUACUCCCGAGGACCACUUUAGGCGCUGCUCCCUCCAUCUGUAUACAAUAAAAAAAGAUGGAAAUACCAGCCUUCGAGUGCCAAAGUGGAGCAGAUCCACUGUCCUCAGGAUUAUAUCCAGUGCCUCCUUCCCUGCGAUAAAUCCUACCUUGUCCAGGUGCACCAUAUUAGAUGAGAUUUAAGCAUGUGGCCAGAAUUACUGAAAUUGAAAUUUGGAAACAAUCUAUGAGUCUUCCUUAGGUAGCAUGAAAAUGUACAUUUCAAAAGCUUUAAAGGAUAAAAGAAAGAAAAGACAGGGUAGUCAAAAAGCGGGAAAGAGGAAAAACAGGCAAGGAGAAAUGCGAGGGUUAUUCACAGAAAAUUCAAGUGAAAAUUAAAAGUGAAUUGCAAAUUCAAGGUGAAAAUAGCUGAACUGAGUCUACCACAAGAUCCCACUGAAAACGUAUACUCAUGCUUUUAACAAGCAUCAGUGAAAAAUAUAAGACAAACUGGGACCCAAACAAAAAAAAAAUUAAAAAUCCAGAACAAAAAUCCAGAGAGCUUGUAGGUAGCAAUUUGUAUAUCAAUAGAAGGCUUGGUUCAUGUCCCAAAAAAAAGAAAUUUGUUAAUUAAAAAAAAAAUCUAAAAAAUCUCACAAGGCAAAUUGGCCCAGUAUUCACAUUGGUAGAGUGUCAGAAAAUUUGCAGCACAUAGCAGUUGAAUAGAAACCAAAAAGGAAUGCAUAGCCUCGCCAUCUCUCAGCCUUGGUAUUGGGUGGAGAAGGUAACCUACCAAUACGCUUGAAAAGAAUCUCACUUGUAGCUUAAAGAAACACUAUAGGGUCAGGAACACAAACAUCUAUUCCUGAACCAAUAGUAUUAAACCCACCAUUUAGGUGGCUUGCCCCACCUCAGCCCCCUUAAAAGGAAUUAAAACUCACCUUAUUUCCAUCACCGCACGGGUCUGCUGACGCUGGCCCCGCCCCAGAUCCGCCUCCUUGAUGACAUCAUAAUUGCAGAUCUUGAGCCAAUCCAAUGCUUUCCCACAGGGAAAAAGAAAAAGAUUAUAGUGAUAUUAUCCUUUCCCCAGCGGCAGUCUGAAUUGCAGGGAAUAGAGAGCCUCAUUUCUUUUCCCCAGCGGCAGUGUGAAUUGCAGGGAAUAGAGAGCCUCGUCUCCUUUUCCCAUCGGCAGCUUAACCCACAAAGGGGAGAUACUGAGCUCCCAGAUGGUACAGAUGGGACCGUGGUCUCUGUACCGGAACCACAGGGAUGCUGGACAGCCUGUCCAGAUCCCCAGCUACCCUUCGCAGGGAAAGGAGAUCAUCGUCCCCCUUCCCCAGAAGCAGUUUAUUCUACAAGGAGCAGAGACAGUUGGUCUCGCUACCCAGCAGCAGGACACUGUAUUGGGAGUGGAGACAUUCGGUCUCCCUCCCCAGCGGCAGAGAGUGUUUCAGGGAGAGGAACCUAUUACCACCUCUCCCCAGCGGCAGAUUAUUUCCCAAAGGGGAGACCUUUUUCUCCCAGAUGGGGCAGAUGGAACCGCGGUCUCUGCACCCGGUCUACAGGGAUGCGGGACAGUCUGUCCAGAUCCCGAGCAGCAGGACUGUUUAUCAAAAGGGGAGACAGUCGGUCUCCCUCUCCAGCAGCAGCACUGGGUCCAGGGAGAGGAGCCUACUACCCCCUCAUCCCAGCUAAGCUCCAACCAGGCUACUCCAGCUGAAGCGAUGGCACCAGGGGAGAGUACCGCUGGUCUCUGCUCACCACGCAAUCCACCAAUCCAGAGUACCAGUACCCAAUACAGCCCCUGGACAGAGACAGGCUACACAUUUUCCCCAUGUGGUGAGGCCCCUGGACAGAGAUAGGCUACACGUUUCCCCAGGUGCAGUAAACAGUUAUUGGGGGUGGGCUACUCUACUGAUUAUGUUUCGUGGGUGGGUUGCUUGACUAACCAAGGCACUGACCAACAGGAGGUCAGAUACCGUGUUAGUCUUUUUGGGAAAGGGGAGAGAUGUGACCGGACCACCUGGCUAAGGAGUGUGCCAGCAAUUUACCUCCCUGAAGCUGCAGUUAACCGCAGCUUAAUUGACGAACGCUGGGUGGCCGUUGUUCGUAUAGCCGAACACGUGGCAGCGGCCAUCUUAAACUGCCGAACGGCCAGCGGUGUUCAGCUACAAAAAAAAAAAAAUUAAAUAAUAAAAAUGCCCUCCCCCCACCCAGUUCACACACACUACACAAACACACACUCUGCAUUAAAUACACACUCUGCAUUAUAUACACAGAGUGUGUGUUUGUAUGAGUGUGUGUGUAUAAUGCAGAGUGUGUGUUUGUAUGAGUGUGUGUGUGUAUAUAUAAUGCAGAGUGUGUGUUUGUAUAAGUGUGUGUGUUUAAUGCAGAGUGUGUGUUUGUAUGAGUGUGUGUGUAUAUAAUUGUAAAAAUCACAGAAUUUCAUAGCCCCAAGUUUUACCCUCGACUUAUCCACGAGGCAUAGCAUAUUUCACAAUUGUUGGUCACAAAACUGCACUCGACUUAUACAUGAGAUCGACUUAUACACGAGUAUAUACGGUAGGUAAGAAAUGGAGAAAAGAAGAACAGAUUCUGAAAGAGGAAGAGAAAGCAGUAUGAGAAAGAGACACUUUGAAAAGACGGGGACACGACACCCAGACCACUACAUUGAAAUUAAGUAGUCUGGGUCAAUUUAAGAUCCCUUUAAUGUGGGUGUGAAUAAAUGUUUUUUUUUUUGUUUUUUUUUUUUUUUGCAUGAGCUGCUAUAAAGUAGAAAGUUGGAAAGGUGCAAUAAAAUGUGUCACCACACAUGACCUGCAGUCUUAACACCUUGGGGACUUAGGAGAUGUUUGAUAGUAACUGAGUUUAAAUUUUGCAGACAUGAGCAGUUGAAUUCAACAUGGUGAAUAUAUACUGAUGUAACAUCUCCAUGCAAUCAUACAUCAAACAUGCCUAUUAAAUGCAUAGAAAGAAAGAAAUACCUGUGAGGUUACUUAAGUACCAUUAAUGUCUUCAUAGUUAUGGUUUGUUUUAAAAUUAUUUGCUAUUACAUGCCAAUAAUUUGUCUUGACUUAAUGGUGGAAAUGAAGACGUGUUUAUGACUACUAUUUGUAAAGAUUGUGAAGAUGAACAAUCAGGUACUUUUCUCUUUAUUAUUUGCCUUUAACUGGCUUUGUAUAAGUGAAUUAAUUAAGAAGGCUUAAAGAACAUGCUCUGUGUGCAUUGAUUAAUUACUUACUAUGCAUUUUUCAUAAAUGCCCAUUGUUAAAAUAAACCUUUUUUUAUUCACUCAACAUUGAAUUCAGUACUCUUACACCUUCAUGUUUCAAUCACGGCUUACUAUCCAGGUCGUGACUGAGACUUCACCUAAUAGUCUUUAAUUCUUACUUCCAGGCCCAUCAAGCAUCCCCUGAGGUACAACAGCAAUAUUUGUCCAGCAUUCAACACCUCCUUGGAGAUGGUAGGUGUUAAUUGUACACUUUGCUAGAUGUCAUCAAACAGGUAUGUAACAGUGUGGCGUGCAGUAGAUAAUAUCACUAUAAUCUUUUUUUCCCUCAGGUCUGACCGAGCUGAUAACAGCUGUGAAGCAUGCCGUCCAAAGAGUACUUGGCAGGUAACAUUAAGUUCUGCCUUUUUUAUUUGGCUUCAGAAUUUCCCUGUGCUCAGUGAUAUGUAACAUUUGUUCUGGUUUUAGCCAGUUUAAUUUAUACUGUUCACAGCUAAUGUCUAAAUAUUUCUGCAUCUGUCUUUGCAUAUUUUGGUGUGCGGUGGCCCAGUGUUGCAGGAGAGGGAAGGUUGUUCUUAACUGAAGCUGGACCUCCAGUCAGCUGCUAUGUAGAUCCUUUUCAGCUCAUGGCACUUCAUCUACCAGGAGCCCAUGUCACUAGUGUUGCAAGACUGCGGCAUCCUCCAUAUAGACCACCUUUUCCCCCAAUAGUCAUUACUGAAAGUUGGGGGAAUUACCAAACAUGCCGGCAGUAGCCUUUUAUCAAGUUAAGGAAAAAUUCAUAGUUCCUACCUUGUCUUGGGAAUUCAGUGAAAUUCCAACACAGUCAGUGUGAGCAUUUAAAACAUUUUUUAUUUGUAUGAGAUACUCAAUGAAGGGUGUGUUCAAAUAGCACUUAAAGGGACACUAUAGGAUCAGGAACACAAACGUUUUCAUGACCCUAUAGUGUUAAAAACACCAUCUAGCCCUCCAGCCCCUCCCUAAAUAUACUAUAAUCUUACCUUUACUCCAGUCUGCUGCUGCUAGCUCUGCCCCAGAUCUGCCUGUUUGGCUGACAUCAUCCGAAGUGUUGCCCAUAGGAAAGCAUUGGAUUGGAUGAGACUGUCAAGGAGGCAGAUCAGGGGCAGAGCCAGCACAAGCCACACACAGCCCUGGCCAAUCAGCAUCUCCUCAUAGAGAUGAAUUUAAUCAGUGCAUCUCUAUGAGGAAAGUUAAAUGUCUCCAUGCAGAGGGUGGAGACACUCUAGUAGCCAACUAAAGAGUGGCCAGUGGAGGUAUCCCUAGGCUGUAAUGUAAACAUUGCAUGUUCUCUGAAAAGACUGUGUUUACUGCAAAAAGCAUGACGGGAAUCAUUAUACUCAGCAGAACAAAUAAGCUGUAGUUGUUGUGGUGACUACAGUGUCCCUUUAAGUUAACAAGCUAGAGCAAUCAUCAAUGUGGUUCCAGUGACUGCCUCAGUUGAAGCUUUGAGGUAAUGGAACUAGAUACACUGCUCUGGUACCAGAAACAAGGACAUAUCUGAAUAUCUCUGUAGAUAGUGGCACAGACAUUCCCUGCUCAAAAACUCACAAUUACAGGGUCAUAACAUUGAAUUUGUACAUAGCAACAUUCCUUUGAGUCAUAAGAGAGUUAGAAACAUAUAUACCGAAAAAAAUAACAAAAUAUAGUUAUUCAUUAAAUUCUGAACUAUAGCAAAUUGCAAUCUGAACUGCAAUUUUUUUCCAGCUCGCCUCUAUCCACCACUUGGCUAUUUUAGCCUUAAAUUUGCAAUUUACAUUUCAGUUUGCUACAGUUGUGGAGUUUAUUGAAUAACACUGUCCGAAACAAAUAUUCUAAAAUCUACCAUAGAGGAAAUGUUUAAUGUUUUGUUGCUUUAUGUGUGUGUGUAAUGCUCUUUGUUACGGUUUCUUUCCUGUCAUUGAAAGUUCUUAAAACUGGAAUUGUUAAGUAAGGAUUUUGCCAGGAUUUUUAUACUUGGCACAUUUACAUUUACAGGGCAUAUUUUCUAGACUUAUUCAAGGUCAUUCAGCAAAGUGAGAAUUCAAUGUGACUUUAAAGUGAAUUUCAAAUUUAAGGUCAAAAUAGUUGAACUGGAAACUCUUUCAGCUACACAUUCCAUUCAACUACUCUAGCCUUAAACCUGAAAUUUACUUUGAAUUAUCACUUUAGUAGAUAUCCCUGAUAAUAUGAUUUGCAACAAACUUGUAAAAAGAUAAAACCAAGAACAAACCUGUUAGUCUGUGUGAGUUAAGAAGACACAGAUAAGUCCCCACAAAACUUCCUACCGAUUUUGAAAGAAAAAAAAUAAAAAUCUUUUUAACAGCUUGUCCUUGAAACACUCCCUCUCUCUCAUGGAUGUGGAGCAGAAAAUGAAAGACAUCCGUAGGCAAAUAGAAGGGGAGGUGGAAUCACCGGGUCAGGCAGAAUCAGAGUUCAAGUCGCAGUUGUGUCGUUAUAUGAUGCCGGAUGAGGAGACCCCAUUAAAUACCCAGGUAUCUAUUAACCUGUAACAAUUGGAGCAUGGUGUGUAGGUUUUCCAUGUUGCAUUCAUUUUUUUAAUUGUGACAUCUUACAUCUUCUAAAGUGCCAAAAGGUGAAAGUUAUAUUUAAGCUACAGUUGUAUGGGACGAGACCUCACCCACCUCGUUACCAUAGAGUGGGAGUUGGAGCAGGAACCUACUAGACUCGGUUCAGCAACCGGCAGCGUUACAGGUAGAGGAGAUUGUAGGUCCCUCAUCCCAGCAGCAGCAAGCAUCACUGGGAGUGGAGAUGGUCGUUCCCACUACCCAGCACCAGGCAGCGUUACUGGGAGUCGUGACACUUGGUCCAACUCUCCAACGGCAGUAUGGUUCAAAGGGAGAGGAGACAACCGGUUCCUCUCCCCAGAGACAGGGCCUGUUAUCAGGAGACAGGAUAAUUGGAGCUUACAGUAAAGAUGGGACCUAGGUCCCUGCACCAGCCCUACAGGGAUGCUGGGCAGCCUUCCCAGAUCCCCAGCCGCAGCAGGAGUGCUAAGGAGUAGAGGCAGUCGGUCUCUCUCCCCAGCAGCAGAGUGCCUACCCAUCUCUGUUCAUGAGUCCCUGAAGCUUUUGGCACGGGAGGGGUGGAUGGGACCGUGGUCUCCACACCUGGACUACAGGGAGGCGGGGCAGUCGGCACGGGUCCUCAACCCCCUAGUAGGGGAUCCAAAGUCACCCUGAUUGUGCCCCUUCAGCAGAGCAAGGGUCUGGGAUAUGGUGCCAUCUGUUUCACUCCCCCAGGGCUCUGUGUAUCCCUGAGAGGGGAGAAUUGGGCCCUUCCCCUCCAGCAACAACGGGAUGCCUCAGGAGUGGAUUAUAGUUGGUGCACUGCCCAGGAAGACCCUGGAUAUUUAAACUGGAACAUGGGGCAGGAGGCCCUUUGGAGCACUGCAACGUUUGGGAAAAGACACCAGACUAACACAGAUCCAAACUGAUUGGAGGUCUGGGGUCUGCUUAGUCAUAGUUCGUGGGAUUUAUUUGUACUGUUCGGGAACCGAACAAACUCACGAACUGCGUACCAUCUCUGUGCUUGUUAACCUCUCCUGACACUUCAAUCAUCAUGUGUUCUAAUUUUACUGCUGCGUGGAAUGCAGGCAGCAGUGUUUGGCCAUCAAUCACGUGGAACUAAAACCGGACACUGAAACUCCCAAACACCGCUGAACUUUGACGAACACCUGCUUCUUCCCCACACAUGUCAGGAGAGCGCCAUUCUCUAGGUUUGUUCGUAUGGUUCAUACGAACAAAUGCUACCAACAAGCCAGAGUGUGCGUUCUGUAUUUCUUUCGUAUUGAAUUCCCGAAGUUGACCGGCCGUUACCACUAAAUCCCUGGAACUGUUUUGGGCAGGCACCUCGUGUGCGGUCGGUCAGAACUUUAUCCCAGUGGCAUUUCGGCUGUGUUUGUGGGAUCUGAGCGCUUUUUAUAUAUUUUGGGUGCACAGAUCCAGGCUAUCCAGGGAUGUAUAGACUGUGGGGGUUCCAAUGUGGGCAAUAAGUAUUUUUUUGUGUUUUCUAUAAUUUGUCAUUUUAUGCUUAGUCAUGGUGACAUGACAUUUUGGGGACAUUUUGUAGGUGUGUCCAUUUGAGCCUGGAUUAAAGAGAUUCCUGUUGUACCCUUCAUCAAGUCUAGGCUGAUGUUUUGGUAGCUCAGAGCUGUAAUCACUGCUUCAAACACUGCUUCACUUGGGAUUUAGGAGAACUACAGUGGAUAUACUCAGUCGGAGUAUAGGGGAUUCAUUACAGCUGCCUUUUUAGAAUGCUGCUUCCUCUGUCUUGCGCUCAGCUUCUCCACGCUCUUGGAGACGCUGGACACUCCCUAUAGAGGCAUUUUACUGCGCUUGUGCAAUAAUAUCAAGAUUGAUGAUCUCAGCCAUGGAGGCGGAGUCAGCCACGGCGAGACCAGCACAGUGAUGGAGAAAAGGUAAGUUUAAAACCUUUUUACUCCAUUCUGUAUAAACAAGUACUCAGCAAUAUAGUGUUAGGAAUGUAUGUUUGUAUUUCUAACACUAUAGUGUUCCUUUAAUAAUCGUUUAUAAUGUAUCAACACUCAAACAUUACCUGGCAACAUUAUUAGUCCAUGCGUGAUACUGAAACUGUCAAGAGGGGUUAAUGCUAACUGACUAAUGUUUUUAAAAAAUUGAAGUCAUGCCCCUGAACUAUUUGUGAACAUUUUGAAAUUAAUAGGCAUGUGGACUAACGGAAAAAGAUGUCACAACAAUUAGACUACUGAAUGAAACAAGGGACAUGCUUGAAAGGUAAGCAGGAGUAAAAAUAAAGUAUUAUUUUAUAAUGAAAGGGGCGGUUGUUUGCUUUUUGGAAAUUUCAACAUAAAAUCUUGGACACUAAAUGUAUAUAUCAGGCCGGUGAGAUAGCUUCAUCCUUCUGAGGUAGAUAAAAGAUAAAAUGAGUACCAUUAAAUUGUAAUAGUAACAACCCCUGGAUGCUGGGCAAAGAAACAUCCCCAGGACUAACUUGAAAACCAGAGUAAUCUGAAUGUACCUUUCCUGGUUAAAUACUUUAUUAUAAUUAUUAUGUCUUACAUAAAGUAUGCUUUAGAAUGAAACCGGAAAAGCAGACAUGGAAGACAAUUUAUAUAUACAUAUGCACACAUAAUAUGAAACUGAAAGAAAUGGGAAAGUUUGGGAGGAGCAAAAAAGUUAAAAUAUAAAUUUUAUUUGUAUUUUAUAGAUUUGUUGUUUUUUUGUUUGUUUGUUGUUUUUUAAAGUGAUUUUCAGAUUUAUUUCACAUUUAAUCUUUAAUUUCUCCCUAUCCUAUUUUCAUGAUCACUGCUCAAAUUUAAUGGGGUUCAUUCGCUAAAUAGUGAAUCAUAUUGUAGUUGAUUGAAAACAAAAGCAAAAAAUAAUCCAUUCAAAAUAUAAGUUAUGUAAUAUACUAUUACUUGGUUAUAAUCACAGCUUGAUUUUUGUCUAUAUUUUGCAGUUCAGUUUCAGUUUAUUACAUUUCACCGUUUAGUAAAUCACACUAAUGAGAAACUGUAAUUGUAUGGAACUAAUUUUAUUAUGGUGUGAAGGAUUACUAGAGUGAUAUGUUUUCAGUUUAGUGUUUUUAACUUUUGAUAUUUUGUGCAUCUUUUUGAAGAGGAAACAAAGUGUAAAAUGUAAUCAGAUAAAAUGUUAACUUUAUUCUCAGUGUCUGGCUAUUCUUCCUAGACCAGGAUUAUCUAAUUAGUUAAAGUUUUUAAAGUUUAAAAUAUAUCUGCUACAAUGUCGAUUGCAUUGUUUCCACCCUCCCCCCCCCUCCAGAAUCAGCACCCUCACCCUAAAUGCAACAUCACCAUUACAUUAUUAUUGGUAUUUAUAUAGCACCAACAAAUUCUGUAGCGCUUUACAAUAUUAUCAUAGGGAGAGAUUUAACAAUAAAUGCGACAAUUACAAAAACUUACAAGAACAGUAAGUUGAAGAGGACCUUGCUCAAGUGAGCUUACAGUCUAGAGGAGUGGGGUGUAAAACACAAUAGGACAGGAGAUAGCAAUCACACAAGGUGGGAGUGAAGCAGAGCUGGAGGAGAGCAUAGAGUGCUGCCCUUUAGGAGAGAGCAAGAGGUGGGUAUAUAAGGUAAAGGUUACUCUGGGAGACCGUAAGCUUUCCCCAAGAGAUGGAAGAAAGACAAGCAGUGACACGUUGCACGAUGGCAGGCGAGAGGUCCGGGAAGGAGAUGUAUAUCUGGGUUUCAUCAGCGUACAAGUUGUACUGGAAUCCAAAUGAGAUAAUAAGUUUGCCAAGAUAGGCAAUAUAGAGAGAAAAUGGAAGGGAACCAAGAACAGAGUCUUGGGGGACUCCAGAUGAGACAGGACAAAGGGAGGAGGUACCAUUAGAAAAGAAGCAAUGGGAGAAUUAGGUGAAAAACCACGAGAGGACAGUGUCACAGAGACCGAGUGAUUGAAGAGUUUGGAGAAGGAGAACAUGAUCAACAGUGUCAAAGACAGCAGAGAGGUCAAGAAGAAUUAGUAUGGAGUAGUGACCUUUGGCUUUAGCUACGAUUAUAUCAUUAGUAACUUUAAUAAGAGUCUCAGUAGAGUAGAGGGUCUGGAAACCAGGCUGAAGAGGGUCAAGGAGAGAGUUGGAAUUGAGGAAACAAGCCAGAAGGGUAAAGACAAGUCUUUUCAGACGCUUUGAGGAAAAAAGGGAGCAGGGAUAUGGGAUGAUAGCUAGAAGGGGAGGAUGAGUCAAAAGAUUUUUAUUUUUUAUUUUUUAAGAUGGCUACUACAGUAGCAUGUUUAAGUGCAGCAGGGACAAUGCCAGAAUAGAGAGAGCUGAUAAGGUGAGAUGGGACAGGAUGAAACUGGAAAGUGGUGGGGCGAGAGGGAAGGAGAAGCGCAACCACCUCUUGUUCAGUAGCCUGUGAGACAGUCUUAAGUAUAGGGAAGGCAUGAUUCAGAUGUGGUUGAGAAGGAGAGGGGCAAGGUGGGGAGAAUUCUUUCCUUAGCUGUUUGUUUAAUCUUGUCGGUAAAGUAGCAUGCAAAGCUAUUGGCUGUAAGGUUAGUUUGAGGGGUGGGCACAGCAGGGCAACAAAGAGCGUUAAAGGUAUUAAAGUGAUGCCUGGGAUUGCGGGACCAUGAGCUAAUGAGCGAUGAAAAGUAUAACUGUUUGACAAGGGUAAGCUGCUGAGCUGUAUGAAUGCAAGAUGAAUUUGUAGUGCAGGAAGUCUGAUUGGGUGCGAGACUUCCUCCAGGAGCGUUCAGCAGAACGGGAGCAUAUCCUCCCUUAGGUACAUGUUUGAAGUGGAGCUGCAGUGUCAAGGGCAGAGGUGAGAGUAGUGUUAUGUGAGGAAAUAGCCAGUGAGGGACAGGAGAAAGUAGGGAUGGAUACUAGUUGGAAAUCAAUAUAAGCUGACAGCUGCUGGAGGCCAGUAGAAUUCAGGUUCCUUCUGAGGUGAGGGGGGUUAGGCUUAGGUUGUUUGGGGAUGGGCCUAUUGAGAGCUAAUGAUAAGGAUGGUGAUUUGAGAGAAGGAAUGGAGUGUUGCAGAGAUUAUAGACUGUACAUUCAUUAGAUAAAACAUGACAUGUAGCGCUUCUGGUGCCUAGGCUGCUUAUUUAAGUCUACUGGGAAAUGGCAUUUCACAAUAUACUUUAAAAAUAAUUUUGGCACAACUUACUGAGAAAAAUCUUUAGACUGAAUUACAUAGUCUUCCCAAAUUCUGGAGAGUUUGAAGCUAAAUGCAUAAAAAAAAUCAGUAUAUUUUAAACUACCCUGGUGCUCAUAUUGUUUUGUCCCAAGUUGAGCUUUUUGGGGUGAAAUAGGUUCACAUUUCUCAUUGGUGAUGUGAGUUGUCCAAUGUUAUAUCGGAAGUAGCCCUUCGUCUGAAGGGUGGCCAGUUACUUUAAUCGGUCAUAUGUGACAAUCUUGUUGUCCACGUACAGGUGGUUGUCCAAUGUUUUAACAAAUAUUAGUCCAUACUUGUGUAGAAAGUGUUUAACCUGGAAUUUCAUAUUGAUAUUUUAGUUGUUUUACUGAUGUUCCAGGGCACAUGAACAACACAGUAAAUUUACAGAGUUCCUUACUUCAUAUCUUCACAGCCAUGACUUUAGCACUGUAUUGAACUCAUGUUUGAGUCAAGGUUUUGGAAGGCUUCUUGACAGCGUUGCAGAAUUCUUCCGACCUAAUGAGCAGGACGUGAACCAAAAUAGCUCAGUGAACAGGUAUUCUUUAAUAAUUUCUCAGAAGCAUUAUCUCAUAUGUUAGGGAAGCAUUUUUGAUAUAGCACAAAAGAAAAUGCGAGCUUUCCAAAUAGUAAUGACAUUAUUGUGAAUACAACUCAGUUGGUUUAUAGUAGAUAUUUAUCAUCUUGUGUUCCUCUUCACUUUUCAGAUUGUUUGUUUAUUAAGGUUUUAAGCUUUAAGGGCAAUCACUUUAUAAGUUCAGAUGCACAGUUAUACUAUAUUACAUUUAGCCAAACAGAAAGCAUUGCUGAUUUGGAGAGCCUUUCGAGCUUGGCUACAUUGGCCUUAAAUUUGAAAAUCAUUCUCUUUAGUAAAUGUCUAUAUUUAGUUUGUGUUGGAAUUUUUUAUAUAGGAAUAAAUCAGAUGAAUGGUGGGUGCUAAACGACUGUAAUAGGCAGGGCCGGUGCGAUUCUUGCCGCCCGAGGCAAGGAUCCAUAUUGCCACCCCCUCAUGAAUUAAACUACAUUCCCUCAGAGGUUUAUUCACUAAACUCAGAAUUCCAGUGAAGAGACAUUUAUGGAAAGAAACACACUGAGUGGACAGCAAAGGGAAACUAUAGUGCCACGAAAACAAACUUGUUUUCCUGGCACUAUAGCUUCCCCCUGUCAAGCGCCCUUACCUUGUGGUGCAAAAGGGGUAAAAAAAAAAAACCUCACUAACACACAUACACUGUCACUUAUACUCUCUCACUAACAGUGUCACUUGCACAGACUCACUGACAUACACAGUGUCACUUACACACUCUCACUAACAUACACACACUGUCACUCAAACACAGGCUCACACCAAAGUCACACUUUAUUUACACACAGAAAUACAGCAAUUUAACACACACACCCCAACCAUGCGCAGAAUAAACAAUACCCAUUUGCCUACCUGGGGGCUGUGAAGAGGAGAAGAGUUCCAGGCUGUGGGAAGUUGUUCUUUCUGUUGGGGGAGCAGGAGAGCCAUACACUGUGAACAUAGGCUGCUUCCUGUUCCCCUCAGAGAGCUUCCGGUGUUCACAGGCAGGGGGCAGCGGAAUACCAAGUCACAUCUUGGCUUCCCCUGGCAGCAGGGAGCAGUGUGCUCUGCUCAGGAGCUGGGGUUACAGCAAACCUCGCUCCCUGAGCAGGCAAACAGCAGAAAGGAGCCCAGCAGCUGGAUGGCUGCGCUGGUGGGGUGGUUAAGGAGCCACUCAGCCAGCGUUCCAGCCCCAGACCGCAGCAGGGCAGCCCACCAGGAAACUUCCCUGUGGGUGCCCCCAGCUGGUCGGCGCCCCAGGCGAAUGCCUUUUUACGCUUUAUGGUAGCGAUGGCCCUGGUAAUAGGGCAUUGUACAAAAUGUUACAAAUAUAUUAUGUGCUCGUAUUGUAAUUUUACUUUCUGUGUAUUGUUUUUCUUUAUUUACAGCCUUUCCAGUAUUAGCCUUCCUCUAGCCAAAAUCAUCCCUAUACUAAAUGGACAGAUACACUCCAUAUGCAGUGAGAUGCCCAAUCACUUUGUUCAGGUAUAAAGAAAAAUAAAAGGGAAACACAUAUUAACGUCUCUAUGUAUGUGGGUUGGCGAUUACGGUCACUGAAUUUUAUUCUCUAGUAUUGUUUUCAAACAUUACAGUCCUUUUGGUCUAAUCUAUUGUUUUUUUUGGUGGUGCAUUUUUAGGAUCUCUUGCUUAUGGAUCAAGUGAAAGACUUUGCUGCUAAUGUAUAUGAGGCUUUCAGCACACCUCAGCAAUUAGAGAAAUGAUGGCAAGCCCAACUGUCAAAAAUUGUUAUCCCUGAAAUCCAGCAAGCAUUAAUGUUUACAGAUUGUGUAUGACAUUCCUCUUGAUUCAAGUAAUUGAAGAUGCCUCAGACCUGAAACAUGAGUAAUUUGCCAUCUCUGGAGUGAUAAGGCACCAUGCAAAUACAGUUACUAAGCAAACAGUACAGAUGUGCAAAAUAUUUCCUGUAAAAUUCACACAGGUUUUGUUUUAGAAGAGCCCUAUAUUUUUGAAAGCAUGAUCACCUCAUUUUCAUCUGGAAAGUUUUGCCGUUUUCUGCAUGAUAAUGUGCAUGCUUUAGUACAUGGUAUGCAUUCAUAGUGUAAUUGGCUAAAAGCCGAAAUGCUAAAUGAAACAGAAUAUUGGUUCCCACAACCCAGUUUUGGUCCAGGUUUUUAAGUUUUCUAGAUAUGAUUAAAUUUUAUUUAAGGAUCAGUCCCUAUGGCAGGUUUUGUUCUGUUAUUAGGAAUAAUUUAAUAGUGGUCAUAAGCUGUUCUAUGGUGUUUUUUUUUUUUUUUUUUUACUACAUAUUUUGAGAACUAUCUUAAGAUAAGAUUUGUGGAAAUGUUUCUGGGUCUUUAGUAGUAAUAAAAUAUACAAUGUUUAUGUUGGACCAUAGGUAUCUUGUAUCAACAAACCCUGUGUAGCAUGGAGCUUUAUCUUCUCACGGCGAAUAGGUCCAAAAUGCCACAGACCUUAUUAAUGGGGCACUUGUUGUACAAGCAUUGCUCCAGUUUGCAUCCAUCCACUGAAACUCAGGCAGUCCCUAUAAAUGCACUAAAAAUUUUGUUUUGUUUGUUUAGUACUUCUUAAAGAAUUUAAACAAAAUAUAGAAAAUUAAUUUUCCCAUAAUUUUCUAGAAAGAUAAUUGAUAUAAUUUAUUCUGUG